AUGCCGAACGAUCCUCACGCCAACCCUCUCGGACCCGUCACCCACGGAGAAGGAGAAAUGCUGACGUCAACGCCAGAUCGUUAUUGGUGCCUGUUCAACGACUUAGGGAUGCCACCCCCGUUAACCACGGUCGACCCUCCGGCCGCACUGCCCGAGGCGUUCCUCGCUCUCGCUAAGCAAGUGCAGGGAAUGAUGGAGAUAAUGCAGACCGUUGUCCCACUUAUUCCCGAAAUCAGGCGACUGACGGACGCCUCCGCCGACCCGGCCCAUCUAAGGCCGAGCGCGGGACAGGAUGCAACCGGUGAAACCCGAGACGGAGCCAUCCACCACGAAGGUUCGCCCACGCGCGUCUCUCCUGCCCCCUCUCGAGCCGCACGGCGCCGCCCCGAGCCUGACACCGUAUCGUCCGACUCGGCGGACAGCUUCCUUAAGGAAAUACAAGAAAAACCCAUCCCCCUCAACUUUAGGGUGCCGGCCCUCGAGACAUACGACGGCGGCUCCGACCCAGCAGAGCAUGUCACCGCGUUCAGAACUCAGAUGGCCCUUUACGGCACGUCCGACGCGCUGAUGUGCCGUACGUUUCCAACCACCUUCAGAGGACCAGCACGCGCGUGGUUCAGCCGGCUACGACAAUCCUCGAUCUCGUCUUUUGACCAGUUCGCCAAAGAGUUCGAACAAAACUUCCUUACCAGCACGCGACCUCGGCCUUCCAUAGCCGCCCUGCUGGCACUAUCGCAGCACGAAGAAGAAACGCUCGCGCAGUUCGUGACGCGCUUCGCCGCGGAGGUCCGCGGCUAUUCGGACACUCACCCCUCUUUGAUCAUGCAGGCGUUCCUGACGGGGCUGAAACCAUCGAGAUUCUUCUGGUCAUUGAUCGAGAAGCCGCCCGCCACUGUCCCCGAGAUGCUCUACCGGGCAAACCAAUACGUCGCCGGCGAAGCAUUAGCAGCAGGAAGACGUCCGGUCGGGAAGAAAUCGCGAACCGAGCAACCCCGAGCCGCCACCUCGUCGGCCGACUCGCGAACCCAUCGGAGGCCCGACCACCACGAGCAGCGGCUCCCGAGGCCUCCGCCCCUCCCGCUCAACGCACCUCGCACCGAGAUCUUCCUCCAGAUCAGGGAGAAGGGUCUUUUGCGGCCCCCUAAUCCCAUGAGAGCUACUUACAAAAAUCGGUCGAAAUACUGCAGGUUCCACCGAGACCACGGCCAUGACACGGAAGACUGUCACGACCUCCAGAACCAGAUCGAGGAGCUAAUCAGAAGAGGGUACCUCGGCCGCUAUCUCAAGGAACCCCGCGAAGCAACCCCGCGUCCCCGAAUGCCCGUGGAAAGGCAGGUCGAUGUCAUCAUCGGUGGACCGGCGGCAGGCGGCAACAGCUCAAGCGCGAGGAAAUCCUAUGCCCGGAGCUCGGUCGAGAAGCGCCCCCGACCCGAACUAGAACCCGAAAUCUCUUUCGGGGCUGAGGAGGGGGAAAGAUCCCACCAUGACGACGCUCUGGUAAUUUCUAUCCAGAUCGCCAACGCCCGGGUGAAGCGGGUGAUGGUCGACACUGGGAGCUCCGCCGACAUCCUGUACCUCGACGCCUUCAAAAGGCUCGGCCUGCCCACUGAAGACCUCAUCCCCAUGAGCUCGGCACUCACGGGGUUCACCGGAGACUCAAUCUCCCCGCUCGGCACCACCACACUCCCUGUCUCCAUCGGGGAGGAGCCAAGGACCAAGACAAUAAUGACUACGUUCAUGGUGGUCGACCUGCCCUCGGCUUACAACGUCAUCCUCGGGCGGCCGACGCUCAACAAGCUAAAAGCAGUAGUCUCAACCUAUCACCGAGCCAUCAAGUUUCCCACCUCGGCAGGGGUCGGAGAAUCGCGAAGCGACCCAGGCGAGUCAAGAAGGUGCUACCUCACCGCGGUCUCACUCCCGAAGAGGGCGUGCCCCCACAUCCCAGACCCCCGAGAAGAGGCCCCCAUGCCAACACACUUUGAACCGCCCGAGCGGCUUACCGAGGUGCCGAUUAAGGAAGACCGACCCGGUCAGACCGUAAAAAUCGGCACAGCUCAGCCCGAAGGAGACCAGCUCCAGCUCGUCGAGUUCCUAAAAGCGAACGCCGAUGUAUUCGCAUGGUCGCCCAAGGAAAUGCCGGGGAUCGAUCGGACGAUAGCCGAACACCAACUUAAUAUCAAUCCCGAGGCCAGGCCAGUAAAGCAAAGACCACGCAGGUUCGCCCCCGACCGGCAGAAGGCGAUCAGUGAAGAGGUCGACCGGUUAACAGAGGCCGGAUUCAUUUCCGAACUAAAGUACCCCCAGUGGCUGUCAAAUGUAGUCCUCGUUAAAAAACCUAAUGGAAGCUGGCGGAUGUGCGUUGACUACACCAAUCUCAACCGGGCGUGCCCCAAAGACUACUACCCGCUCCCCAGGGUAGAUCAGCUAGUCGACUCCACCUCCGGCUACGAGCUCCUUACCUUCUUGGAUGCAUACUCGGGUUAUAACCAAAUCUGCAUGGCACCAGCGGACCAGGAGAAUACAGCUUUCAUCACCGACAGAGGAAUAUAUUGCUACAGGGUGAUGCCGUUCGGCUUAAAAAACGCUGGGGCAACCUACCAGAGGAUGGUCGACAAGCUGUUCAGACGCCAGAUCGGCAGGAACAUGGAAAUAUAUGUGGACGACAUGAUCGUAAAAAGCAAAACCGCGGAGGCGCACCUGACCGACUUGGCAGAAACUUUUCAGACCCUCAAACGAUUCAAUAUGCGUUUGAACCCCGCGAAGUGCGUCUUCGGGAUUAGCUCGGGAAGAUUCCUUGGCUUCAUCAUCCACCAGAGGGGAAUAGACGCCAACCCAGAAAAAGUACGGGCCAUAACCCGGAUGCGCUCACCCCGAUCCGUCAAAGAAGUACAGUGUCUCACAGGGAAACUAGCGGCACUCAGUAGGUUCAUAUCCAGGUCGGGCGACAGGUGCUUGCCCUUCUUCCAGGCCCUACAACAAGUCAAUAACUUCGCCUGGACACCCGAGUGCGAGGAAGCCUUUGAAAACCUGAAGGUAUACCUUGCUCGCUUGCCCCGACUCGCUUCCCCAGAGCCAGGAGAAACCUUGAGCCUUUACUUGGCGGCGUCAGCACGAGUAGUUAGCUCGGUGCUGGUCCGAGAAACACCACCGCAGCAGCAGCCCGUAUAUUACGUCAGCCACAUCCUCGCCGGCACCGAGGCGCGGUACCCCCCCAUCGAAAGGCUAGCUCUGGCGUUGGUGAGGACAGCGCGAAAGCUACGCCCCUAUUUCCAGUCCCACACAAUCAAAGUCGUCACCAACCAGCCGGUGCAGAAAAUCCUGUCCAAGUUCGACGUGUCGGGUCGAAUGUUACGAUGGUCGGUCGAGCUCAGCGAGUUCGACAUUCGAUACUCUCCGCGGAGCGCCAUAAAAGCCCAGGUACUGGCCGACUUCAUCUCUGAACUAACGCCCGAGGAUUGUGCAGAGGGACGGAAAGAUACUGACCGUGCUUGGACCCUGCAUGUCGACGGCUCCGCCAUCACCGGCGCGGCCGGAGUCGGCCUCAUCCUUAAAAGCCCUACUGGGGAAACCUACGAAAGGUCCAUCCAGCUGCAAUUCCAAGCCACCAACAACGAAGCCGAAUACGAGGCGCUACUACAUGGCCUACGCCUCACCUUGGAGAUGCAGGUAGACAACCUCGAGGUAUUCAACGACUCUCAGCUGGUGACAGGACACGUAAACGGGAACUACGAGGCCCGGGACCCCACGAUGGCAUCAUACCUGGCGGAAACACAGCGGCUCGCCCGCCUCUUCAGCCGAUUCUCAAUCACACAAGUGCCCCGAGUCCGAAACGCGUCCGCCGACGCUUUGGCAAAAGCAGCCUCCGCACGGGGCUCAGAAAAGGCCCCCGCGACCGAGUCCAUGACAGCGCCAACCAUACCGUCCUGCGGCGUCAUCGAGACCCGAACCCCGCCGAACUGGAUGGAGGAGAUACUCCGCUUCAAGAUAAAUGGGGUGGAGCCCGACGACCCGGCGGCGGCAAGUCGACUGAGACGAACGCAGGCCUGGUAUAGCUUGAUCGGCGGGAAGCUGUACCGCAGAGGGUUCUCACAACCACUCUUGCUCUGCCUCGCGCCCCCCGAGGCCCACACCGUCCUCGCCGAGCUCCACGAGGGAAUUUGUGGGGAUCAUAUAGGGGGUCGGACCCUGGCCUUCAAGGCCCUCCGGCAGGGAUACUACUGGCCAACAAUGCGCCGAGACGCUGCGACAUACGUACGGCAAUGCCAACCGUGCCAACGGCACGCCCGACUGCAGCAUCAACCGGCGGUCCCUCUCAACUCGAUGGAAGUCGCUUGGCCAUUCGCCCAGUGGGGGCUAGACCUCCUAGGUCCUUUCCCUCCGGCCUCGGGGCAACGCCGUUUCCUCAUUGUCGGGGUGGAUUAUUUCACAAAAUGGGUUGAGGCCGAACCACUGGCCUCCAUCACCGAGAAGCAAGUCGAAGGCUUUAUGUGGAAAAACAUCAUCACUCGGUUCGGGAUCCCGAGGGCCAUUAUCACCGACAAUGGGGCCAAGUUCAACAAUGCGAAAUUCAAGGCUUACUGCUCGUCGUACGGAAUACGACUAAAGUUUAGCUCGGUGGCACACCCUCAGACCAACGGGCAGGCCGAGGUGAUGAAUCGGGCGGUUCUAGAAGGCCUCAGGAGACGAGUCACAGGCGCACUCGGAGCGUGGGUAGACGAACUACCGAGCGUUCUAUGGGCAAUGCGGACUACCCCGAAAACGGCUUCAGGCGAAUCCCCGUUCAGCCUUGCGUUCGGGACCGAAGCAGUCCUACCGCCCGAGGUGGUAUUCCCAACCUUUCGCACCUCGGAUUACAAGCAAGAGGAUUCCGAGGAAGGCCUGAGGGCGCGUCUGGACCUCCUCGAGGAAGGAAGGACCGAGGCCCACCUACGCGCCCUGGCCUACAAAAAGGCCGUGGCACGAAUGUACAACCGAAGAGUCCGUCCUCGCCCAAUCGAGAUUAGAGAUCUCGUUCUCCGUAAGGUGGAAGUGACCAACCCGACCCGGGCGGGAGGCAAGCUCGCACCCAACUGGGAGGGCCCGUACAGAGUCUACGAUAUGGUCCGAGAAGGGACCUACCGACUCGAGACCAUGGAAGGGAGCCGUCUCCCGAGGACCUGGAACGCAAUGCAUCUGAAGAAAUUCUACCCGUAA